UUGGUCAAUUGCGCGAAGAAAACAAGACGAAGAAAACAAGGCGAAGUGAACGAACAAUUGGACCCAUUACCAGAAUCCUCCAAUUGAGGGGAAAUAUCUCCAUCCUCUUCUCCCACCUUUCAGUUACUCACACUCACAGCUCAGAAUCAGGAGCAUAGCAUUAGCGUAUUACAUUACCAAUGUCGGGUCUUCUUCUACAUUCCUCUUCAGUCGCGAGCGUUCCGUUUGGAGGAAUUGGGAAAUUGAACCAGGAGCGGAAUCAUAAUUCAAUUUUAUCAUCCAAGAAGUCCAUGCGUGGCAGCUAUCUYCGUCUCGGUUGCAACAAUUCUAGAAAUAGCGUCCGAGCAUUUUUCUUCAAUCCUGCAGAGGAUCCUGUCCUCAAAGAAGCUCUUAAGGAGCCAGUUGCCUUCGCAGGUGGGCUAUUUGCUGGACUGCUAAGGCUUGAUUUGAACGAAGAACCACUAAAGGAAUGGGUCAAGAGGACAGUCGAAUCUGCUGGAAUCACAGAAGAAGAUGACACUCACACUCGAGCAUCUGCAGCAGAGGAUGGCCCAACUGAGAUUGAGAUUGAAUGAUGUCAUGCCAUGAAUGAUAAUUGAUAGUUGAAAUUAAAAUUUGUCAAGUGCUGAUAAAAUGAUAAUUGAUAUGAAGUAAGAUUUGUCAGAUAUCAGUUAGUAUUACUAUGUUUCCCUUGAAGUGAAAUUGAGCUGGUAGUUAAACCUUUCAUAGCUCAAAUACGUGUACUCCCUCUACAAGUGCUGUUCUCCAUAUUUCUUGAUUUAAGGGGAAAUACUUCAUUAGUGUUUUUA